UUUUAGUUAACUAACUGACUGACAGUACAAACAGAUAUCUAUUAUUUUAAGUCAUAUAUUGAUUGUGUUGUUAUAAAUGUAUUGUUAGUUAAUAACAACAAUAAUAACUGUAAUAAUAAUAAUAAUCAUAUCAUUCAAGUCAUCACAUAUUGUGUGUGCAGUCAGUCAGUCAAAGACAAUGACCUACUAUUGGGUGAUAAUAAUGGCCAUCAUAUCAAUGAUGGCCAUCACCACCGGUGGUAUAGUCAUGGCCUCAGUGGACGAUAGCCGUGAAGAAGCCGGUGGUCAGUCGCCGCCGGCGGCGGCGGCGGCGGCAGUUGAUGGCAUCGGUGACACACCCGCCGCCACCGGAGCCGCAGCAGCCGUAGACUCGGAUGAUGUACUCUACGCGACGCCAAACAUCGACAACUACUACAUCUACGAACACUUUGACGAUCGGCAAGAUUUUGAUAGCCGAUGGCUACGGUCGGCGAUACCCAAACCGGACAGCAAUGAACAUAAAUAUGACGGCGAAUGGGCUAUAACUUCGACCACACAGUCGCUAAAAGGCGACUCGUGUCUGAUAGUCAAAAGUCGGGCCAAACAUCACGCCAUAAGCGCAAAGUUGGACAAAGUAUUCAAAUUUCACGAAAACAAACCGCUGGUCAUGCAAUACGAGGUACAGUUUCGUAACGGCCAGGAAUGUGGCGGCGCUUAUCUGAAACUAUUGUCGGCACCGAGUGGUGACCUCAAGAAGCUGAACGACGGCACACAAUACUCGAUAAUGUUCGGGCCGGACAAGUGCGGCAACGAAAUGAAAUUGCAUUUUAUUUUCCAACACCGUAACCCGAAAAACGGUAGCCUACAGGAAAAACAUUGGAAAAUGGCUUCAGGUGUCAACAAAAUUGAUGAACUAUUCAAAGAUAGUCGUUGGCAUCAGUUGCGGCUGGAAAUCGAUACGGAUAAUCAGUUUGAAAUAACAAUGGAUAAGACUAGCGUCGGUAAGGGUUCACUGUUGGAGGAUUUCCAGCCGCCGGUAAAUCCGCCGAAAUUUAUCGACGAUCCCAACGAUAGUAAACCCGAGAACUGGGAUGAAAGAGAACGUAUACCCGAUCCGGACGCAGUCAAACCCGACGAUUGGGACGAAAGUGAGCCGCGAAAGAUGGCCGAUCCGAAAGCGAAAAAACCUGAUGACUGGGACGAGGAUGAACCCGAAAUGAUACCCGAUUCGGAAGCCAAACAACCCGGCGAUUGGGAUACGGAAAUGGACGGCGAAUGGGAGGCACCSYUGAUUGCCAAUCCACAGUGCGCUAAGAUUGCCGGUUGCGGUAAAUGGUCGCAGCCGUUGAUCGACAAUCCCCAGUAUAAGGGCAAAUGGCGUGCGCCGAUGAUUGUCAAUCCGGCCUACAAAGGCAAAUGGGCGCCGAAAAAGAUAGCCAAUCCUGAUUUCUAUGAGGAUCCGAAUCCGUUUACUAAUUUGCUGCCAAUUGAUGCCGUGGCUUUUGAAUUGUGGACCAUUUCGGACGGCAUAGCCUUCGACAACAUACUGAUCACUGAUGACAAAGAUGUUGCCCAACAUAUAUCGUCGCUAACCUAUCAAAUCAAGAAAGAGUUGGCCGAUUCCGAAACGGAUAAUCUGAUUGUCAAAGCUGUCAAAUAUACUAACAAAUAUCCGUGGCUUUGGGCCGUCUAUAUCGUAGCCAUUGGUAUACCGGUUGUGCUGUUCAUAGCGUUCUGUUGUGUAUCGCCAGUCAAACGGGACGGCAAACCAUCGUCAGCGUCGACGACCGACGGUAAUGGCCACUCGUCCUCAGCAGAUACUACUGUCAACAGGCCGUCUACAAGUAGUGCCGCCGGCGGCGGCGCUUCUUCUACUAGAAGAAGUGGUGCCACUAUUGCUCAACAAACGACAACUAACAAGAAGACAGAUGAGCCGCAACCGGACGAUCCGAAUCUGACUAUUGUUGAAGAAGAUGACCAAAAGGUUGAUGACUAUGACGACGACGAAGAGGAAGAAGAAACUGAAGAACAAGAUAUCGAAGCUCAAGAAGAAGAAGAAGAUGACGACGAAGAGGAGGAAGAAGAAGAAGAGGAUGAAGACGACAACAACCAAGUGGUUGUUGAACAAGAAAUAGUUGAACCGCCGGUCCGGUCAUCGCCGCGAUUACGCAAAUCGCGCGCCCGAAAGGAAUAGGGAUUUUCAAAAAAUUAGUUUUUAAAUAAUUAAUUAAUUAAUUAAUUAAUAAUUUUUAACACAAA